AUGGGCUCUUCUAGACGGUGGGCGGCGUCUUCGGGCUCGUCGUGUUCAAGUUGCAGCUCUUCGUGGCAGCGUUAUGACGAGCGCAAGGGGGCAGCAGCUAACGCGAGGCGGAGUGGCCAAGGUGCCGAGCGGCUUUCAGUUGAGGACGAGCGAGAGGUGGCGAGACGUGUGCUGGAAGAUCUCGAGUCGCUGUACUUUGACGGAAUCGGCGACGGCGAGAGUGAAGACGAAGAUGAGGACGAGUUUGACUCGAGCUCGGAGUGGGGGUCGGAGAAGUCGUUGCGCAGCUCAAGUGGCAAGCGAAAGGCAGGCGGGAUGACCCUCGAAGAACUGACUGUUGCUCUCAACGCUGCGAUCGAGUACCAUCGGCCAGCAACAUUGAAAUUGAGUACCCCAGUGCAGGAAUCCAAGCUCGAAGCCGAUGAACGGCUUGACCAAAGUUUAGGCGAACGUCACCAACGACCGCGUUCUCGCCGUCAAGAGGAAGUGGCGUCGUUAGCGUCAACUCCUAGAGGAGAGUCGAGCUUGGAGUUUUUCCAGGAUAUGCUGGAGAGGAAGCAACGGGAUUUUUACGCCAUGAAAAUUGCGCCAGAACCCGAUGAAGAGGUGAUUGAAGACAGACAAUCGCAAGGGACCGUGCCUAGCAACAAUGCUGUCACUUCAACUCGGGAGAAACAAACGGUGACACUCGUGCGAGAUCAAGCGACAGAAACAGAGGAGUACUUUCAAUACCCAAGGUUUGAUGCAUCCUUUGGAGUCGCUGAUUUCCAAACGCCACCACACUCACCUCCAAGGAGUGUCUGUCUUCGAAGUACGCAGGCUGCAAACGUACUGCCAGUUACAAUCGGUCCUACACUAGCAGACCUUGCUGCCAGUCAUCGGAGAAGGGAAAGAGAUCGACUGUCUUCUCGAUCAGUUCCAGGGCCGGAAUCUUCAUGGAGCUCAUCUCCAUCUUCUUUUGCCUCUCAUCAAAGAGCCCAAUCCGAUUUUUCGUAUGCAAGCAAGCGAAGCGAAGGCAGCAGUAGCAGCUCAUCCAGCAGCUCUCGCACGAGUAGCAGAGCUAGCGACAUGAGUAGCAGAAACAGUAGAAGCAGUAGAAGCAGCCGCAGUAGUGAAAGGAGUAGCCAAGCCGAAAGCUUGAUCAGCAGAGCUAGCAAAAGCGAAAGCCAAGUCAGCCAGAUCCAGAAAAACUACGAGCCGGAACAGUUAGUCCUGGAGCCACCGACGCAGCUCAAUGCUUACCUUCCCACGCCAGCGACCGAGAUCCAAAUCGACAGAGCAUCUUCCAACUCGCCGCGUAUUCCGAGCAGCCCCGCACUCGUAAACUGGGAACUCGAUCUCUCGAACUUCGUACUAUGA